AAUACGAGAAUUGGACGUAGUAAAACUUUAAGCAUGGCUGGCAUGCAGUUUGAGUACGAUGAAGAGGGAGGGACUUUCUUUUAUUUCCUGCUCUCAUUUUGGGCUUUAGUUAUAAUUCCAGCAACAUACUUUGGCUGGCCACGAUCUAAACAAUCUGACAAAACAGCCAAGAAAAGAGGUGUUUGUAGUUGUCCACCAUGUGUAAAGAAAAAUCAAAUACGCAAGAAGGAAGAGUCGACUUUAAAGCCAACCAUCAUAAAAGGAGCACUGAUCAUUGGAUGGAUUAUCUUCUUUUUGCUGGCUUACAAAGUAUCCAGAAUUCAGUUAGAUUAUGUUGAAUAUGAUCCAUUUAGCGAGCUGGAGAUUGAUCGGGAAGCUAGCCAGUCUGAGAUCAGACGUGCCUACAGAAGAUUGAGCUUGAUCUAUCAUCCUGACAAGGAGACUGGAGAUCAGAAGAAAUUUAUGAGAAUAGCCAAAGCCUAUGCAGCAUUAACAGAUGAAGAGUCUCGGAAAAACUGGCAGGAAUAUGGCAAUCCUGAUGGCCCAGAGGCAACAAGAUUUGGGAUUGCCCUUCCAAAAUGGAUUGUUGAAAGAGAAAACUCCAUGUGGGUGCUCGCUGCAUAUGGACUGGUGUUUAUUAUUAUACUUCCUAUUGUUGUGGGAGUUUGGUGGUACCGCUCCAUCAAGUUUAGCAGCGACCAGGUGCUCUUGGAGACCAACCGUCUUUACUUUUACUUUAUCAGCAAAACUCCGAACAUGAUCCUUAAGCGUGCCAUGAUGAUCUUGGCUGCAUCGUGUGAGUUCAGUCGGAUGUACAAUACUGAAGUACAAGAGAGACCUAGUGACAAUGAAGAGGUUCCAUCACUAAUGAAAAUCUUGGGCAGUAUUCAAGAAAAGAAUCGGGAGCGUCCUCUGUGUCUACCAUACAGUGUCAAAGCUCGAGUUUUGCUUCUUGCCCACUUUCACAGACAUCCACUAAAUGAACACACUCUUGCACCAGACCAAGCAUAUGUCCUGAAGAAGUGUCCUUACCUCAUCAAUGAGAUGAUUAAUGUGUGUGCCACUUUAGUUGCCAUGGCAAUGUCAGGAAGAGUUCAGCAACCACCCAGACUGGAGACCAUUGAGAAUCUUAUGAAACUGAGCCAGAUGAUUGUGCAAGCUUUAAAUGAGAAGGCCAGCCCUCUUCAGCAGUUGCCUCACAUCACACCAGAUAUGCUGCGACACUUUACUAACAGAAAGCGUGAUAUUCGACACAUUAGGGACCUAGUUGCCAUGAAAGAUGAAGAGCGUCGUCAAAUUCUGCGCAGUCUGUCUGAUGCAGAGUACUUAGAUGUUGUCACAGUCAGUUCAAACAUGCCUCAUAUUCAGAUGAAAAUACGCACUGAAGUGCUGGAUGAGGAAGACCCCACCACAAUUACUGCAGGCUCCAUAGUCACCGUAACUGUGAAUCUGGUUCGAAAUGUCUUGGGAGUUCCUUUCGACAAAGAUUUUGCGCCUGCAGAAAGUCUGUAUGAAGAUGAUCCCCCGAAGAUUGAUGAGAAUGUCGAAGAAGAUGAGCAUGACGAUAAGGAAGAUAAGCAGGAUGGAAUAGAUGGAGGCUCGCCUGAUCGCAAGCCUAAAGCCUGGGAGAAACAAAAGAAGACCAAGAAAAAGGGAGGCAAGACAAAGAAAAAGGUCAAACAGCCCUACCAAUGGAAGGCUGCAGCACAAGCUCGUGCGGACAAGGAGAAUGCUGCAGCAGCAGCGGCAGCAGCUAAAUCUUCAGCUUCGUUAGCAGAAAACGCCAAAUCCAAGACGAAAGCUGUAAUGCAUGAAACUCCAGAGGAGGAAGAAGAAAGUAGAGGAGAUGUGUCGGAGUCAAGGGACGAAAGCAGUGGGUCAGAGGAUGAGCAGAAAAUGGAAGCAGGUGGAGGUGUUGAUGACAAGCUAGUUGAGAAGAGGAAGGAAGAGAAGGAGAAGGAGGAGGAGGAAGAUGAUGAUGAUGACUGGGACAAUUACAGAAUGGAGUCCAAGAAGGAGAACUCUUUAGAAACAAGAAAGAAGGAAAGUCACCCAGUCCACUGUCCUUUCUUCCCUGCGGAGAAGCAAGAAGGCUGGUGGCUGUAUGUGGCAAAUCGCAAACAAGCACUGCUCGUUACAGUACCGGUAUAUGUAUGCAGUCUGAAAGAUAAAGAGGAGGUGAAAGUGAAAUUCUCAGCACCAAACAAACCAGGAAAAUACCAGUACUCAGUUAUUCUUCGUUCAGAUUCCUACUAUGCCGACUUUGACCAGGAGUUGUCCAUCAAGCUGGAUGUGAAGGAAGCCAAGAUUGUGACAGACCACCCACAGUGGAAUAUCUCUGAUGAUGAAGACAAGGAAAAGAAUGAUGAUGAAUCAGAAGAAGAAGAAGAUUCUGAUUACAGUUCUGAAGAUGGUUCUGACUAAAUGCAUUAUAUCAUAACUUUUGAGUGAUUUUGCUGUUGGUGAUUAAUGCUCACAGAGAUAUGAUUAUGUGAAACAGGAGUUUUAUCUUGGAUUUAGAAAUGAUGCUAAGAUUGCAUGUAUAUGUUCUUAGCAAACAUUUGGGUUAAGGCUGUCCAGUGAAUGUGCUGCAUGUGGUUGGGCGAGUGCAUGGUAUUGGGUAUGUCUUUUGCACGUGGCUUGUACAUUUAAUGCAAUAAGUGAUUAAGAGAUGAAGGAGUUUGUGGUUUAAAAAGCACAAUUGAGAUGCGUAGUUGAAUAGAAGAUUGUUACAAUGUUGAACAAAGUUGAUUUCACUUCCAUACUAUGAUCCAGUGUUAAAAAUGCACUGUCUUUUAAAAUGUCACGUCAUGAAAGUGGCAUAUGGAAUAACAGCCAAAACAUUUGUUUUUAUAGUAUUUUUUCUGCACCAAGAUUUUUGUUUCAGAAGGGUCCUGAUUUAGUUUUCUGCAUUCUCUCCAGCAUCGUGUAAGGUCUUGACUAGUGUUAAUUUGAAGAUUAACCCAUUAGCUUACUUGUUGAAAAGCAUUUUGUUUGCUGUUGCAUGCUUCUGCUCUCAUCUGCCACCUAUUAGACCUGCAGCUUAUGCGUGCACAUCUGACGUGUAUACAAGCACCCCAACACAUAAGUAUUUAUCAAGAUGUGCAUUUGUGGACUUUUGUCCUAGUAAUGAGAUUCUUCAGCAUUUAUAAGGUGCCUAUUUCAACCAUACUCGUCAUGUUCACCUUUUAGAAAAAAACAAUCCGCUAUUCAUGCAUGAAAAAAAGCAGUACUUGAGCAUAUUCAGUCAAAUGAGACCUACUAAAGACAGAACUUUCUGAACAAAAUAGAUUUUCAAGUAAGAUUUUAAGGCUGAGAAAGGAUUGUCUCACAAUGAAGGGCAGAUAGAUCCAAAGCCAAGAUCCAUAGCAGGAGGAUGAGCAAUAGGAGCGAUGCUUGAAGUGCCAAUUAAAGCCAAACAGUACGUAAGCAUGCUGUUGCCCCACUAUAGCUUGUGCAUCAGAUACUUACAAUUUGAAUGCAGAUAUUUAGACAAAGAGAGCUGGCCACAAGUUACUUUGGUAUACCACACAAUAAAAUCUGUUUAAUUUUCAUCGCUGUCAUCUGUGGCAUUAAUAUAAGUAGGCCUGUAACCUUGAUGAUGUCCUUGGUAGAGAGUUAAAAGCUCAGAUUCCUUGUGACAGAUAAUAACUGAUUAUUCCUGGCCUUUGUGUGGAUGUGUGUUGAAGAUAUUUAUAAAUGUGUGUUCUUCCUAUCAUGAACGUGGUCAUUUCUAAUGGCAUCCACUUUGAUUAGACAGUGAGGCAAACUAUAAACGGUGUUUAUGGCAUAUGUUAUCACAGAAAUGUCACUGUUUUACUCUGAAGAUUUUUUUUUUAUAAGCUUCCAGCAGAAAUGGCUCUAGGGGGAUGUGGGGCCUUGGGCAAAUAGAAUUGCGAGGCCUUUGGAAGCCAGCACAAUAUAUAUAGCAGGGCAAUAAAAAAUUAGUCUCAUCCCGAUGGUGCAGGCCCCUGUUUGCCCCUCUUCAGCUUUCUCUUCUUCCAGCAGCAACCAUCCGCAUCAAGUGCUCAAAAUUUGUACGCUCCUCAAAGCCAGUCUGCUUCAUCAAUAGUAGCGCCAUUGCUGUACGUAUAAGGUAUAAACCUACCUUAUUCUGAUGUGAAGGAUGCUUCUAGUUCUAACCAUCAUUUGGAAAGACUAAUGUUUUUGUCUUUUAUCAAGCUUCGCUACACAGGGUUUAUUUUGGAUAUCAAAUCUGGUGACUGGUGAGGUAUUGUAUUUCUCUGUAUAAUACUUGUGUAAAUCACAUAUUCCAGAUCAGUAAAAGCAAUCAUCAAAGAAGAGUUCAGAAUGACCUUAGUACUCUCUAGCUUGAAAACAAAAUUGUAAGCAAGAGUUGCUGAAACAUUAGCACCAAGAGAUCGUGGCUUCAUGUCCUGCAAACUGUAUACAAAUCCUUGCUCCCUAUAUGUGACAAUGCCAAUAAUACCUAAAUGGUGUCAAAAUGUGCAAUGAAACAAUCCCAUUCUAAUGUUUGAUUUAAUUGUAACCAAUCAUAUUUUGUGUUGUCCUGUCAGCAGAAGCUCUUCCGACGCCUAGCUGCUGACAGCAUCUUACUAGUAAGGCCUCUCUGCAAGUGUGUAGGUAUUAAAAAAAAUUCACAUCAUUAAGCAACAUUUGAUCAGAGUAGCAUUUAUUCCAAGAUGUCCAUUGUUUCAAAGAUGGUUGCAAUGGUUUAAAUCAGUCUAUGGAAUUCAUUUUCUCAAUGUAAACUGCAUAUUUUUCUGCUUAUGUUGUGGGCAUUUGAUGGUUUUUAUUGUGAUAUAUGUCCAUGUGUUAUAUGAUAUUUUUUUUUUAAAUGUGGGUGAACAUGUUCUAUAAAAGUCAAGGAAGAGCUCCCAGUAUCAUGAAUGCUCAACAAAACUAUUGUCAAAUGUUUCACAGAGCAUCCAUCAUACAAAAUUCAUUAAUGGCAGAAGACAGUGCUGUGCAGGGGAAACAAAGUCAAAUUUUUCUGCUGCAUGUACACACACUGCAUUGUAAAGAGUUUUAUUUUGUGGCUGCGACUAAAAGGCGAUAUGCAUUACAUUUUGUCCAUAAACCAUGAAUCGUAUUUAAAUUGCGAUUUAUAUUCAAAUGCUGGUCACGUAUCAGUUCAUCAAAAGGUGAAGCUGCGAUUCAGAAUCUUUGAUCCAGUAGCACUUAUUUUAAUGAAAAUAUUGAAUGAAAAAAAAUAUUGUAGACUAAAA